AUGCCCAGGCGCAUCUUGAACGUUGUCACCAACGUCGGGCACUACGAUGACCCAUCCCAACCGACCGGCUUGUGGUUAUCCGAGCUAACGCACGCCUGGCAAGUCUUCGAGGAGCACGGAUUCGAACAGACCAUCGUCAGCCCGGCGGGCGGCCUCUCUCCCCUGGAGCCCCGGUCGCUGAAGUUCCCCAACUACGACAAGACCGCGAAAGCGUGGCGGGCCGAUCCGGCACGGAUGGCACUGCUGAAGGAUACUGCAAAACCUGACCAGAUCAACUCGGCCGACUUUGACGCUAUCUACUUCACCGGCGGGCAUGCAGUGAUGUAUGAUUUCCCUGACAGCGAGGGCCUACAGCGGAUCACCCGGGAGAUCUUCGAACGGGGUGGCAUCGUCUCUUCCGUCUGCCACGGCUACUGCGGCCUGCUCAACACCAAGCUUUCUGACGGUUCGUACCUAGUCGCCGGUCGCAACAUGACCGGGUUUGCAUGGCAGGAGGAAGGUCUUGCCCUGGUGCGCAAGGUUGUGCCCUACAACGCCGAAGAAGAAGUGAAGAAGCGCGGCGCCCACUACAAGAAAGCCAAGCUGCCGUUUGUCUCCUACACCGUGGUCGAUGGUAACCUAGUGACUGGGCAGAACCCCGGGUCGGCUAAGGAGACCGCGAAGAUGGUCGUCGCUGCCCUCAGCCGAUCAUGA